AUGAAGAUUAAUGGCGAAAUCUUGAAACUGAAAACACCAGUAACAACGUUGGACGUAGUAAAAGACUACCCAGGUCAUGUUUUACUGGAAUCAGAAGCAGUGAAGAAGUUUGGUGUCAGAGCUAAGCCACUGAAACCAGAACAAGAACUGAAGCCAAACAAAAUAUAUUUCCUUGUUGAAAUGCCUUUGUUUCCUAAAGAAGAAAUUAGUAGAGUUCCAAGAAGAGUGAAAUCUGCUGUUCAGAUGAGUGCAAAGGAUCGACUCGAGUGUCUCAUGUUAACACGAAGAUCGGCUUCUGAUUUGUCGAUUUCGAAGCCGAAUAAUGGACCGAUUCAGUUGAAAAUGAAGCAACCGAGGAGUUUAGUUCAGAAGCCGGUAGAAGAAGGGGAAGUAAAGAUGGAGAACCUGUUGGGUCCUCCCGAACUCUUUGAAUCAUCCCUAGCUGCACCACGGCCUGCGGGUGGCAGAGUACCUCGAGCUGGAGGAGGUGCUGCAGAAGUGGUGGCUGCUGAACUGGCUGGAUGUGCCCAUACCCCCUACCAGCGCUCUAACGGGAAGAAGGGCAAUUCCUCUGAAUAUGACCCCCAAGACCGCACCCGUAGCAUACAAGAUGGUCCAUAUAGCAGACUCCCGAGUGCAUCUUUCCACACCUAG